AUGACAUAUGCACCCAUGAAGCCUACUAAGCCUGGUUAUGAAGAACCACGUGAGCAAAUACGUAAGAUAAAGAUUACCCUUUGUUCAAAAAAUGUGAAGAACUUGGAGAAAGUUUGCAGUGAUUUGAUCCAAGCUGCUAAAGCUAAAGCUAUUAGGGUUAAGGGACCGGUGAGAAUACCUACAAAAGUCCUACGUAUCACAACGAGGAAGGCUCCUUGUGGUGAAGGAACCAACACAUGGGACAUAUAUGAGCUAAGGAUCCACAAGAGAUUGAUAGAUUUGUAUAGCACACCAGAUGUGGUGAAGCAAGUCACUUCAAUUACCAUGGAACCUGGUGUUCAAGUUGAAGUUACUAUUGUUGAUGUUUGA